AGAUUUUCGCGGAAAGUUUGUCAACCUUAUUAGUUUCUGUGACAUGCAAGGGGCUGUUAAUUCUGAAUAUUCCGUCAUCAAGUCGAAGUGUGUUUUCCUUGGAGAACAUGGCGUUGGCAAAACAUGCAUUAUACUACGUUUCAUGCACGAUACCUACGACCCCGCUUAUCACGUUUGUUGAGCUUAUUACAUACGUUUGUAAUGUUGCAGGCUACAAUAGGAAUUGAUUUCGUUUCCAAAACUCUUUGCUUCAACGAAAAAUCAGUACGUUUACAGCUGUGGGAUACAGCUGGUCAAGAAAGGUUUCGCAGCCUUAUUCCUAGCUAUAUAAAAGAUUCAUCUGUGGCAAUUGUUGUCUAUGAUGUCACAAAUCGUGAAUCAUUUACCAAAGCCGAUGAAUGGAUUAAAGAAAUUCGCAGUGAACGUUCAUCUAACACAUUGAUUUUUCUUGUUGGCAAUAAAGUUGAUUUAGAAGAUGAACGAGUUAUAACAACCGAAGAAGCAGCAGAAAAAGCUGAGAAAGAAAAUUUAUUCUUUAUUGAAACUAGUGCUAAAACAGAUUUUCAAAUAAAAAAGUUAUUCGAUGAAGUUGUAGAAGAAAUUGUGAAAAGUAUAAAUAAUGUCAAUGAAAAUGAUUAUAAGAAUGGUAAUAAUAUUGAAUUAGAAAAAGAGAAUAGUUAUUGGAAAUGUUGGUGUUUUUAAAAUGAAAACAAAUGAAUCACAAUACAUCUAAGUACACAUAUAAAUAUACAUAAAUAUACAUGCAUAUACAUAUAAAUGAGCAUAUUUCAUCAAAUAUUUUUCUAUGAUUGUUCUUCAUCAAUGAAUACAUUUCCAAAAUUGUACUAUGAGUUUUAAAUUGUGUGUACGUGUGUGUGUGUGUACGCUUGUGUGUAAAAACGAACCUAACCUGCGACUAUAACACUCAAUGAAUAAUUACAGAUAUAUACAUAGAUAUGCAUAUAUAUAUGUCUGCUUCAAUGUAUUCUUCACUGACACUCUCUGCAUAUACUUUCAACGACAAUAUUCAACAAAAUCAAAGCACAUAAAUAGAUAGAUACAAAUCUAACCAACCUGUGAUCAAACAAACUAUAAAAGUGAUUCCUCUUCGUUCCAUCUUCCUACCCUCUAUUUAUUUUUGUUUACAAAACGUUUUGAUGAUUUCAAAAAUCUGAAAUUUUUUUUAAAAAAAAUUAUUUGUUAGAGUUUAAUUUGUGAAAAAUAAUAAAUAAUUUUCCUUAGAUA